UGGGUUAGUAUGUGAAUUUUCCUCGUGCAAUAAGGACGUACAUGUUCCAGUGAAAGCUGUAACGGCUGUUUCGUAUUGUGACUGGUGCCAGUGCGAUACAGUGGCCCGCGGAUCCACCGUAUCCCGGGAGACCGACCACUUCACGAGAUUAUGUCCGCCCGCGAGAUCCGUCUCCCGUCUGGUUUAUGGGUGCCACAUUCAGUCAGACACGUUUAGCGAUGCCUGUCAUUUAAGAUUCCUGUGUGUUUGUUUAGCGUCAAGUGCCGGUGUUUGAGUGUGUCUGGUGCUGUAUGCAAGACCGUGCACUUCGCAAUCGUCAGGUGGGGCGGUAGCCAGAUGAUUGACAGAAGGAAAUAAAGUUGAGCAACCACAGAAUUGAGCGCAAAAGGAAUAGCUGCCAUUCGAGGAGAAGGAAUGCCGCUUCAUGUACACGUUUCCUCCUCGUUCGAAUUCAAUCCGUGCCUAACAAGCUGCCGUUGAAGCUCGAUUCGUGUCGAUUGCGGAUGUUUUUGUUUGAAUAAUUUCACUUAACUUUCAGAGGCAGAGGAACAACACUGCCUGGAUCGUAAAAUUGAAUGCACUCAAUGGUACACGCGUUUGUGUUGUGAAUUGCUAAUUAUUAACUUCCGCACGGUGUUAAAGUUCAAAUGGAUUACUAGCACGAUGAUAUUCAAUCUACAAUACCUACCUACAAUAUACUACUUUACGCUAAUUGUUGUUUGUUAAUGAUAAUGUUAUAUGCAUAGUUCUCAUUUUCGAAUAUUUUGCUUUUAAUGAUGGCAGUUUUGCAUCAGUAAAUCGCUCGAAUGUUCAUUACAAUUAUUCAUGUGUAUAUAAAAUGAAUAAAAUCCACCAGAAGACCUACAUCGUCAAAAUGUUUAUUUCAAAUGAAGUUAUUUUAAGAUUUCAAAAACAUCAAACGGAUCACGUGUGUUUUGAGUUAUGUUGAGUUUUUUGUGCGAAGUUAGUGAAAAGAUUAUCAGAAUUGAUGCCACAACACAGGAAAGUGUUUAUUGUGCAACUAACGUGGAAAGUAUCUUACUGAAAUAAUCGGAAGCGAAAACAACCUCUAAUCAGUGCGAUCAAACCAUUAAAAUUCCUAUGGGAGUGAGUUACUAGUGAAUAGUAGUAGUGUAUUAAGCAGCUUACACGGAUUCGUCUGUUACUGCAAAGUGAUCAAUUGCUGGGUGUCAAACAUAUUGUGGAAUUUAUUCAUUUUCAUCAAUUCAAAAAAAAAAGGAAAUAAAAAAAACUACAACAGUGAUCCGUUUCUGCUAGCGAAAACUGGAGGAACGGGUUAUCCCGUGCAAAACGCGAAGUGAUGGCCGACAAAGAUAAAUGUUUUAGCGUGAAUGCAAUAAUUGUUCUGCUGGUUGCUCACUUUUGUGCUUCAGUAGCCAGCACGGGAUUGAGGAAUCUCUCAUUGUCCAUCAAACCACCGUGGGUGAGACGUGGUCAGGAGGCACAGCUACACUGUCAGUAUGAGAUGGAAGGCACACCGCUCUACUCCGUCAAAUGGUACCGAGGCACGCUGGAGUUCUACCGAUAUUCACCGUUCGAAAAUCCACCAGCAAAAAUCUUUCCAUUUACUGGUAUUAAAGUAGAUAUGACCGUAUCGAAUGCAACACACGUAACGUUACGAAAUGUGGGGUUUAAUUUAUCGGGUAAUUUCACCUGCGAAGUUACAGCGGAUGCACCUUCAUUCUACACGGGCGUUGCAACAAAUGUGUUAACGGUAGUAGAACUACCUCAUUCUCCACCAACCCUAUGGACGGAACACACCAAAUACGAUCCGGGCGAUAUUCUACGAGCUAACUGUUCUACACCACCGUCGAAGCCUGGGGCCACGAUAACGUUUCUACUGAACAGUAUGACGGUCGGGACAGAAUCGACAGUGCUGCAUCCUACGCACGACAAUCUUCACUGGGCAUCGCGGGAUCUUACAAUCCAGCUACUGCCUUCCCAUUACUCAACGGGGCAGCUAAUAUUGCGAUGCUUGGCUGAAGUUGGCACUAUUUACUCGGAGGUAUCGCAAGCACCGCUAGAAUCUAGCCGCAAGGAACCCAUUCCAGAGCGAGUUACAUCCCCCAACUGUGCCGCCACACUGACAAGAUGCAGAAAAUCUCACCGGCAACAUCUUUGGGUUACCACUAUAGCAAUGUUUGUGAUAUUGGCUGUAAUACACUCCUACCGGCCGAACUCGCUGCUCCGAUAGCUUUCACCGCUUUCACCAUUGUACUACAACAGAGUCCAGUCAGCAACAUCAUGAGCGAAUGUGUCAGAGUGAAGAAUUAAACUGGUAGCGAAUGAGAGGAUAUGGAUCUAAAAUGUCCGCCGGGAACGCUUAACAUGUGUAGCAUUUCCUGACCAGUUUGCAUACCCUGCAAGCGUUCAAAUCUGUAGAUUGCGUACACGAAGUAACCAACUUGACAGAUCGCUCGCACUCGGCCAUAAACGGGGUAUAAUCGUUGAACCACCAUGAGAUGCAUCGUACUCAUUGUAGGGAUUGAACGUGUAAAGUCAACUUUAUCCCGGUAACAUAAGUAAGUGUAUCUCGAAACAUACUUCCCCUAACGGAUGCUAGACAGCAGCUGGCAAAAACAGUGGCAGGAGAAAGCAAUCGUUGAAAUAACUGACAUAAAACAAAGAAAUGGUCGUCUUGCAAUGUAGUGCAGAAACCGUAAAAUAGUGUGAAUGUAAAUGUUGUUCAGGCAGAAGAAAUAGAAUUUAAACAGAAUGCUGCAAACUGAUGUUAAAAAAUAACGUCAAAUAGAAGCAGCCGGCCGCAAGUGUAACUAUGUUGACUGAAUAACACGUGUGAAUUGUUUUUAUGGUCAGAGGAAUACAUUGAUGGGUAGAAAAUUAAUUAACAAAAAUCUAGCAAAACUAACAGUGGAAACAGUGGAAAGCAGGAUUGUUGACAGGUAAAUUGAUGCUAGCAUUACGACAACCUUUCGUACGACAUUUACAAAGCAACCGCAGUAGCAGCAGCAGUAGCAACAGUAUCGGAGUCAAUGGGUACUAAUAAACGUGUCAACAGGCAGCCAAAACAAAA